AUGUCACGUGACCACAACCUCAUCCCGUCACACGACCACAACCUCAUCCCGUCACACGACCACAACCUCAUCCCGUCACCUGAUCACAACCUCAUCCAGUCACGUGACCACAACCUCAUCAUGUCACAUGACCACAACCUCAUCCGGUCACAGGACCACAACCUCAUCCAGUCACGUGACCACAACCUCAUCCAGUCACGUGACCACAACCUCAUCAUGUCACGUGACCACAACCUCAUCCAGUCACGUGACCACAACCUCAUCAAGUCACAUGACCACAACCUCAUCACGUCACAUGACCACAACCUCAUCCGGUCACAUGACCACAACCUCAUCCGGUCACAUGACCACAACCUCAUCCGGUCACAUGAUCACAACCUCACCCGGUCACAUGAUCACAACCUCACCCGGUCACGUGAUCACAACCUCAUCCGGUCACAUGACCACAACCUCAUCCGGUCACGUGAUCACAACCUCAUCCGGUCACAUGAUCACAACCUCAUCCGGUCACGUGAUCACAACCUCACCCGGUCACGUGAUCACAACCUCAUCCGGUCACGUGACCACAACCUCAUCCGGUCACAUGACCACAACCUCAUCCCGUCACGUGACCACAACCUCAUCCGGUCACGUGACCACAACCUCAUCCGGUCACAUGACCACAACCUCAUCCCGCGUGACCACAACCUCAUCCGGUCACAUGACCACAACCUCAUCCCGUCACGUGACCACAACCUCAUCAUGUCACAUGACCACAACCUCAUCAUGUCACAUGACCACAACCUCAUCCAGUCACAUGACCACAACCACUCACAUGACCACAACCUCAUCCAGUCACAUGACCACAACCACAUCCAGUCACAUGACCACAACCUCAUCCAGUCACAUGACCACAACCACAUCCAGUCACAUGACCACAACUUCAUCCAGUCACAUGACCACAACCUCAUCCAGUCACAUGACCACAACUUCAUCCAGUCACAUGACCACAACCUCAUCCAGUCACAUGACCACAACCUCAUCCAGUCACAUGACCACAACCUCAUCCAGUCACAGGACUCACAGCUGAUCAGGAGGUGA